UGGAUAUCACAUCAGGACUUUUCCGUGUUCGACUUGUUUGGUCUGGGAGCGGCUGAGUAAACAGAUAUUAUACAUUAUUAGUACACUAACCGGCGUUUGACAGGAUGUCAGGAUGGCAAGUGUCCCUGACCUGCCGGACAGCCUGGUGCUGGAGAUCUUCCUGCGUCUCCCCCAUGCGGCGGUGCUGAAGGCCGGCCUGACGUGUCACCAGUGGUUCGCCGUGUCCAGAGACGAGUUCCUGUGGAGGGAGCUGUUCUAUAGCUACUACCGUAUCCCGCGUCAGGUACCUCGCCACCCAGCGGCCGUGUCGUGGUACAGAGAGUUCAAGCGGCUCUACGACUGCAUUCCCUGUGUGGAGGUACAGACUCUGAGGGAGCACCAUGACCAGGUUCUGCACUUGGCCUUCUCUCAUAGCGGACAUCGCUUCUCCUCCUGCUCCAAAGACUGCACUGUCAAGCUUUGGGACACCGAACGCCCAGAUGGCACCAUCUCUCUGGUGCACAGCUCCAGCAUGCGCCAGUUUAACUGGGGAUACACACAGUUCUCCCAGUUCAACAGCGACGACACUCUGCUCCUGGUGUCGGGGGUCUAUGUGGGACCACACCAUUGCUCUUCUGGAGAGAUCGCUGUCAUCAGCUUAGAGAACUACACGCUGCUUUCGCGAGUGAGGAACAAGCCCUAUGAUGUUUUUGGGUGCUGGUUAAAUGAGACUCAUCUCAUUUCUGGCAACCUGCAUUGGAUUGGCAACAUGACCUCCUGCACUGUGCUUUGGCUCAACAAAGCUUUUCAGGACAUAGAGUCUGAAAACGUUAACGUGGUCAAGCGCCUCUUCAAGAUCCAGAAUGUCAACGCCAGCACCAUUCGUACAGUGAUGGUGGCCCACUGCCGACGGCACGACACGCCCGACCUGCUGCUCGACUACGAGGCGCAAUCUCAGGCCCAGCAUCAACACAACAGAGAAUCUCAACACUACCAGCCUCUGCUUUUCAACGUAGGAGCGUCAGACAGUGAGGAAGAUGAUGACGAAGAGGGCGAAGCGCAUACUGAAACAAGGCACUCUACUCAUCUGCCCUAUCUGCCCCAUCUCAGCCCGUCCAGAUAUGAGCACAUCAGACAUAGUGGAAGCACUCAGGACCGCAAACUAGAGGCGCGAGUGGCUCGGCUCAUGGUUAGCAGUCGCACCAAAGCACCCGAUCCCAGCCUGGUAGCACCUUCUGUCCCUGGGGAGGGAGAGGACAAGACCUAUUUACUGUUUACCACAGGCAGCCUUACCUACUCACCUCACCAGAUAGGUAUUAAACGGAUCAUGCCUGAUCAGAUGACCACGUGUGGACCUGUACUGGGAGAAGAGCGCAGCGCGGAGGAAUUUUUUGAUUCGUUAGAUCAUGUGAUCGAUAUUCACGGCCACAUUAUUGGCAUGGGUUUGUCACCUGACCACAGAUACCUGUAUGUGAACAGUCGUGCGUGGCCAGCGGGCUGCGUGAUCUCAGACCCCAUGUCUCCUCCACCUAUAGCUGAAGAGAUCGACAUGCACGUGAUCGACCUGAAGAGCCUGCGAGAGGAGCGGCGCAGCCUCCGUGCACACCGAGCCUUCACCCCAAACGACGAAUGCUUCUUUAUUUUCCUCGACGUCAGUCGUGACUUUGUGGCCAGUGGUGCUGAAGACAAACACGGUUACAUCUGGGACCGCCAUUAUAACAUCUGUCUGGCUCGCUUGCAGCACGACGACGUGGUGAACUCCGUGGCUUUCAGCCCCACCGACCAAGAGCUCCUGCUGUCCGCCAGUGACGACUCCACUAUCAAAGUGUGGCGCUCUCCACGCAUGGUGCGCCUGGCACGGCGCCCGACUCGAACCCGGGACCUCCUCGCCUCCCUCAGAGCUCGUCGGAACACUAACUCGAAUUUCAACGGCAAACUCUGAACAGGAAACCAUAUGGUGGAGACAGCACUGUAAAAACACUCUCUAGCUUCUCUGAUCUUGACUGGUGAUUGUGUGAUGUCACUUUAACUAAAAAGACCCCCUUUCUAAUACUGUUACGAGGUCGUGUAUCACCUCAGGCAUCACAGGGAGGUCUGGGUUCAAUGAAAGAAGCACUCUAGGGGCACUAAAAGAACCUCCUGGGUACGAUUUCGUCGGAAAAACGGCUCUAGUGCCAAUUUUUUUUUUUAAAAAAGUCGAAAAGAUCACCCAAAGAGCGUCGUAUUUGAUGUGCGUUGAUCCGCUGCGUGAGCAUGUCGCGUUUGAAACCAGACCUUUUUAAAAAGAAAAAACAAAAAAAAAAUUUUAAACAGUCAUUCAACUCCAUAAGUAUUGGCGCCCUGCGUGAAAAUUGAUCGGUUCCCCUGCCUUGCAAAAUUAUCAGCACCCCACGUUUCCUAUAUAAACCCACUCGUGAUGACGUUAACAUACUCUUCUUGUCAUGUCCAUUGAAGCAUUUUUGUUCUUUGCUUUGUGUAUGUCUGCUUUCUGUGUUUCAGGCUGAAAAUUGUCAACAGGUUUCAAAUCCAGAGACUGAAACGAUUGUUGGUGUUGGUGUUACGCUCCUGUCUUGAUUCAGAUGCAAGUCUGUGGAAAUUCUCUCGUUAAAAAGAUGAAUCUAUGGUCAAGUUCUUACCUCCUAGCAGAGGCAACCCGAUUUUAUGUUUCGGCAAAUGUAUUUCGCAGAAUCCUAGAUGCCGUCAGUUAACGUUUUUAUAUUACAUUACAGGCAUUUAGCCGGGCGGCACGGUGGUGUAGUGGUUAGCGCUGUCGCCUCACAGCAAGAAGGUCCUGGGUUCGAGCCCCGGGGCCGGCGAGGGCCUUUCUGUGUGGAGUUUGCAUGUUCUCCCCGUGUCCGCGUGGGUUUCCUCCGGGUGCUCCGGUUUCGCCCACAGUCCAAAGACAUGCAGGUUAGGUUAACUGGUGACUCUAAAUUGACCGUAGGUGUGAAUGUGAGUGUGAAUGGUUGUCUGUGUCUAUGUGUCAGCCCUGUGAUGACCUGGCGACUUGUCCAGGGUGUACCCUGCUUUUCGCCCGUAGUCAGCUGGGAUAGGCUCCAGCUUGCCUGCGACCCUGUAGAAGGAUAAAGCGGCUAGAGAUAAUGAGAUGAGAGAUGAGAUGAGGCAUUUAGCCGAUACGCUUAUCCAGAGCGACAUAGAAUAUACCCAGAAAAGCCUGGGGAGCAGUUAGAGGUUAGAUGCCUUGCUCAAGGGCUGGUCCAGGGAUUCAAACCAGCGACCUUUUGGUCGCAAAGCUACUUCUCUGACCAUUAGACCGUGGCUUCCGUCAUUUUUAGCGUGCUUGUUAUUGAGGUGGCAUUCGUCUUCGAUUUCCUCAGCUUGUGUGUCCAAUUCUUAACAAAUUUCCAUAUUUUUGCACUUUACACCUUAUGUGCACGAACGUUUGUUUUCAUAUCUAUUUCCUGACGCGUACACCUUAAAAAACAUCCGUCUGUCUUCUGUACCGAUCUUUGACGUUGUGUGUGCAAACCUCCUGCUUGGAAAUACUCAGAUGUUUUUGUUAGAGCAGAGCAAAAUUUGAGUGAUAUUUUACACAUUCACGAUGGGUGCUAAUAAUUCUGGAGUUGACUGGAGGUGCAGAGUAAAAUUAUUUACAUUAAAUCCCUUUAUUGUCUUUUUAAUUAAAGACCUUUAUAUCCACUGUAUGGUGCACUGGCUUUAUUUUGAGUUGUAUAUAUUGAUCAGCAAAAAAAAAAAAAUUCCUGCGGACAUUUGACACUCGAAACACUAAAAUUCCCCCAGAAAACGGUUUUCGUAAUUGCUUGAAAGAAGCAUUUAGAAGUGUGUAUUUUAAAGCAUGUUAGCGGAUGUUUUAUUCAGGGUGUUUGUGAAAUGAAGUCGUAACCUCUUGGUAGAGGCAAGCAGGUUCAGAAUGCCGCAGGAACGUGAAGUACAAGGUGUUUACUAAUCCAGAAUUUUACGCCUCUCAUGCUGCUUGUUCUUUAUGGGCUUGUGUUCUCUAGCAUGAGCCCCCCCGAUGUCUGACAUGUGAGUAAAGUGUGAUAUUAAAACCUUUUUCCCAUCACAA